CUUCGGGGCUUCCUUGACCUCAAUCUCUCUUUUGGACAUUUCCCUCGAAUCUUGAGCAAUGGCAGACACUACAUCUCCCGCAGCAGCAUCUUCACCCAAGUCUCAAAAGUCCGACACACCUCAGGCGGCUGAUGCGGCCCCGAUCGAGGUCGGGGAUGAUAAUCCCGCUGAUGAUGGAGAUUCCGCCCUUGGUACCGAGGCCAGCAGCUCCUCGGCGUCUAUCAGCUCCAGCAUCCUAGACUACAGGACCAUGCACGGGAGGACAUAUCAUUCUGAGAGAGGGACCGCUCAGUAUUGGGCACCCAAUGAUGCACUGCAGAACGAAGUCAUGGACAUUCAUCACCAUCUUUUGACGAUCGCUUCUGAAGAUAAGCUCCAUCAUGCCCCCAUCAACAAGGAUAUCGAAAAAGCCCUAGAUGUUGGGACUGGAACUGGAAUUUGGGCCAUCGAUUUCGCCGAUGAGUUUUCUGCCACCGAAGUAAUCGGAACCGACCUCUCUCCCAUUCAGCCAUCUUGGGUCCCACCCAAUCUGAAAUUCGAAAUCGAGGACUGCACUCGGCCGUGGACCUUUCGCCCCGAUACCUUUGACUACAUCCACAUGCGUUACCUAGUAGGAAGCGUCAAGGAUUGGAACGGUCUAUUUGAGCAAGCCUUCCUUGCAUGCAAGCCUGGAGGUUGGGUUGAAAGCUUCGAAGGCGUGCCGGUCAUGCAGAGCGAUGAUGGGAGUGUCUCUGACGAUAGUGCUAUGGCCGGCUGGGGCAAAACAUUUAUUAAAGCUGGCAAGAAGCUUAAAAGGUCUUUUACAGUGGUUGAUGAUAACGUGCAGGAGGAGGGCAUGGCAGCAGCCGGGCUAGUCGAUAUUGAAUCAAGGAUCUUCAAGAUACCUAUUGGACGAUGGCCCAAGGACCAAAACUACAGAAAUAUCGGCCUUUUCGCGCAAGAGGUUCUCGAGGGAGAUGUCGAAGGUCAUGUUCUUCACGUAGCGGAUCUCGCAUGGGGAUGGUCCAAGGAACAAGUCACGAUCUACUGUGCAAAGCUGCGAAAGGAGAUUCGCUCUGGGAAGCAUCAUCCCUACUAUCGCAUCAAGAUUGUGUACGGUCGGAAGCCAGAGUAG